ACGCAAUUCAAUCUUAUUGUUCCUUGUUGUCAUCGGAUGAUUGCAGUCUUUGGCAUUCCAUAUUCCUACUAAAAUUGUUACUGAGUUCAUGCAAUCCGUCAAAAACGCGAAGGCAAGCUCGAUACUAAAAAUGGAUUACCACCAUACAAUUGCGAAUGAGCUAAGGCAUGAACGGAUGAAAGAUCCCGACGAGUCGAUGGCUUUUGGCGAAUUGCUUUACCGAGAAGUGACGAAAGUGUCGUCGGAAGAUCGAACUGCGAUUGACGAAGAAAUCCACGGCGCUCGGUGUAUGGCAGUGAAAGAAACUCCAGGUUUAAUACGGAGGGCACUGAUCGAAUUCCAAAACGAACUCGAUCGGAUGCCUUCAGACCAGAAACAGACAUACGAGGAGUGCUGUGUCCGGACAAUGUUGUAUGUUGACGAAGAGGCUUCUUGCUACGCACUUCACGACAAUGAGUUCCGGUUGCGGUUCUUGAGGGCCGAACUGUUCGACCCUGCAAAGGCGGCUUUGCGCUUUGCAAAAUACUUAGACUUCGUGAAAAUCCAUUGGGGRACCGACAUUGUACUGAAGCGUUUCAUUCGAAUGUCAGACUUCAACAAGUCCGAAACGAAGUUGUUCCGCAAGGGCUAUUUCCAGGUCUUACCCUUUCGUGAUCGCAGUGGGCGGCGCGUUGUCACAUUCCUCGGCGGCUUUGGUCCAGAGACCGAUCCAGUGACGAGAUCGAAAGUAAUAUUUUACCUUGUGGAUGCCUUGUCGAGAACAGACAUCGAGAGCCAACAGAAGGGUUUCAUUUUGGUCACGGAAGCCUUUUGCUGGUGUGAAAACACUACUAGCAACGAAAAACGAACGAAUUUGUCAUUGAGCUUUCCCCAUCCCCAAGAAAGCCCUUUCUAUGUCAAGCUACUUCUAGAGUCGGUMCCGUGUCGUAUAAUAGCCAUUCACAAUUGUUGGCCUGAUCGUCCGAGCUUUCGUUUGAUCGCGAAGAUCUUGACGCUUUGCGUGGCGAUACCAACGCAACGUUUGCGAUUGAAGUUUCACAUUGGUGACGAAAUGGAGAUGAGAUAUCGCUUGAAAUCCUACGGCAUUCCAAUUGAACUAUUGCCCAUAACAGAAACCGGUUCGAUCAAAAUGGUAAAUCACACGCACUGGAUAAAAACAAGGAGGCAUAUAGAGCAAGGAAUCGAUACGGUUGCUGUUAUUGUUGAGUGCCCAGGAGUCAACGAUGUCGUYUUCCGUCAAGGUACAUCRUCCAUGGAGAAUCCCGGGAAUGCGCAGUGUCGCGAUUUGAUUCUGGCAUUGUUAGAACAGAAAGAUGGAGUCAUACCCACCCCGAUGAUAAACCCACCGGCUGCUUCGGCAGCUGCUACGGGAAAUGCAAACCAGCAAAACCUGAUCGUUGAUCGAUUGCUAGAAAUUAUUACAGAUGGUUACCAUGGACGUUUCUUAGAGUGGGACAAAGAUCGCAGUGYAUGGGUACAAAUUGUAGAAAGAUGCAAAAUACGACAAAAAGCUUCGGUUUUGUUGUAUUCAAUUGCCAAGCGCUAUGGUCGCAGAGGCGCUCCCAACAAAAAUGGCAAUCACUAUAGCUACACCCUGAGAUCUGACUCUGUCCCAAGUUUUUCACCUGCGUUAUUGAGGCAGGAUCUUCAAACGAUGGAUAUUAAGUCGGACGACGAUGARUCUGACGACCUAACUGUUCUCAAUAAUACCCUUGGACCCUUCUGUUUUGUCGAAAGAGGGAGACGGGCGAUUGAGAAGCAAGUGUGUUGCCCAAAAAGUGAAGAACUUCAACCAUCACAUUUUUCUGCUUCCCAGGACCGUCGAAAGCGGUCGAGGAACCUCUGAGAAUUAUUAAGAAUGAAUAAAGAAUCAUUGACUGAUUCAUCGAAAGUUUUAGACGGCACUCUUCAAUUUUUGCGAAUCCUUUCUAGAAAUGCUUGAACAAUAUAUAUAUAUCUAUAAC